CAAUGGGGCGGGUUUCGGACGGCGGGAGGCGCUGCGAGGCUCCGCGUGGUCCCUCCGAGGCUGGCACCUGCUGAAAGGACCUGGGCCGCGGCCGGGCCUGACUGCUGCGGAGGCCUCGGCAGUGUUGACUUCAGGCAGACCUCUACGUUAUGAUCCGGCUGCUGGGCUACGUGAACCCCUCGGAUCCCAGCUUUGUGGCUGCUGUCCUCACCAUCACCUUCAACCCACUCUUCUGGAAUGUGGUUGCGAGAUGGGAACAGAAGACCCGCAGGCUGAGCAAGGCCUUUGGGUCACCCUACCUGGCCUGCUAUGCACUGGGCGGCGCCAUCCUGCUCCUGAACCUCGUCCGCUCACACUGCUUCACACAGGCCAUGCUAAGCCAGCCCAAGAUGGAGAGCCUGGAUAAUGCCGGGGCCUACCGCGUGGGCCUGGUGCUCCUGGGAGUGGGUGCCUUGUUCGUACUCACCAGCUUCUCUGCACUGGGCUUCACUGGAACCUUCCUAGCCCAUUUCCUGCUUCCUGGGAAGAGAGCUUCGUCCAGUGGUUCCGGCCCUCACCUCAGAUCUGUUGCACCCUUCGUGCUGGGACGAUGGCGUGACACAGCUCCCGGUAGCUCCUCCUGCCGCUGUACCCCGUUGGCAGCCGGCUGCCCUACUUUUUCCUCAGAUGAGGCUCAGUUGUCCUCAAGGAGCAGCAACAAACACGGACUGUUCUGGGGAGAGGAGGGCCUGCAACGACAACAAUGGCGGCCUUUCUGUUUUCUUCACCACGUAUAUAUUAACAUGUAGAUUUAAAUUUCAUAAUGUGAGUUAAUUUUUUUUUAAACUAAAAUACAUUUGAGGCCUCCUUAUAUUUUCAUUUAUUUUAAAACUUUAAUUUGAUAACUCUUGUAUUUUUUCUCAAAGGGCGAUGGAGUUUCAAACUACUCCUAUGCAAGUACAUUGCAAAUAGCAUGUGGGAGAUGUCUUUGGUCCCAACAAUCAAAAGCCAAAUAGAUACAGCUGUCACUGUGUUUUCUCCCUCAACAUGUUUGUUUUUAAUUUUAGGUAGGAACAAUUUAUUAAUUAUAUAGAAAUUAUGCACUAUGAGAAUUAACUACAAUGGAUAUUUUGUUUGGUUGCUUUACAUUUUUUUUCUUCUUCUUUUUUAAAGUAAUAAUUCCCCAUUCCCUUCUCGACCCAGCUCCUGGUAACAGCUAAUCUAGUUUUGCCUCUAUAUGCAUUUGCCUAUUCUAGGUAUUUUAUGUAAGUGGGAUCAUACAAUAUUUGUCUUUUGUG